UUUCCAUUCAUCCAUCACCUCCGCCAUGGCUGCAGUCGCUCAACAACACGCACAAGGCUCGUGGGCCAGAGUCGGCCGCACUGAUCCGAUGCCUCAUGGUGCGGAGACAAGCGUGCCCGUCCUACUUCGUACCAUGGCGCCUUUUCCGAAAUCAUUGUCUCUCAGGUUACCGAUGUCGACAUCCGCAGAGGAGAUUUUGACUGGAGUAGCGGAUCGCCUUCACCUCUCCCAGAAGUCAGCCUCGCUGCUGCGCCUCUAUGCUAGGAGUGGCAAGCGUAUCUCACCAGACACGACGCUACAGACCCUCUCGCCGAAUGGCGCAUUCCUCGAUCUCGAGCUCCGUCUCUCGGUCCUGGGCGGCAAAGGUGGCUUCGGCUCCAUGCUACGAGCGCAAGGCGGCAAGAUGAGCGCACGCAAGGGCGAAGAGAACAACGACUCUUGCCGCGACCUCAAUGGCAGGCGACUCAAGACAGUGAAAGAGGCUCAGUCACUUGCCGCAUAUCUCGCUGCUGCACCAGCUCGCGAGGCGGCCCUCUCUAAAGCGCAGGCGGAAAAGUACGCAAAGCUUGAAAAGAUGUUGGGAAGGAAGCCAAAGGAUCAGAAGGAUUUCGAAGAGGCGGCCGGGAGACUGGAUGAUGCCGGCGGUGAUUUGGGUCAGGGAGAGAACGAGGACGAUGUGGGAGAGGGGCCGAGCAGAUUGGUUGCAGUGAGGGGCAAGGAGGCCUCGUCGAGCGGUGUUAGUGGUGGCGCCGGGGGUAAGCGCGGCAAGCUCGAGGACUCAAAAUAUUUGGUGGAGAGUAGGGAAGCUGUGGAUAAGGCCAAGAGUGCCGUCGCGCUGGCCAUGGCCAAGAGGAAGAAGAAGGAGGCGGCUGCUAAGGCAGCGACAGGUUCCUCGACGACGAAGCCGUCGUCAGCGAAGGUUGCACCGGCUACUGCCGCGAGUGCGAUAGCGACGCCGACCCAAGCAGCUGCGACGACUAGCUGAGAAUCAGGGUCCUGUUUCCCCCCAUCUUUGUAAUUGUAUUCGUACCUGCUUCCCAUGAUUGCUUGCGCUGAACGCUACCAGUCUGCCAUCCCCUACCAACACCCACCGUUCACAGCUCCAUUGCCGACACAUGGCGGCUGGCUGGGCGCACUAUCGGGCGUUUGUUGGCGUAGCUCCGGAGCAAGCGUGAAGCGAGAGAGGGGUUGGCCACAGCUUGCCAUGGCCAGUUGGGCGCAAACACACAGAUGCUGCACGCACACCACAAACGCCUACUCAGUCAUCACCUCAUCCUAUGGUCACGUCGACAAAUGUCAUCACGACUUCGCAUGAUGGGCGAUUGAUGGUGCCGAAAGGCCGAUAAGUCGCUCCUCUGAUUCUUCGUCCUCACUUG